AUGCUAGUGAAUGGACGGGCUUUGGCGCAGUUGUGCACCGAUGAGUCAUAUGAAACGAAACUUUCUGGUACUCUCUUCUUGUUACAGGAUGGACGUUGGCGAUCGUUGCACGCUAUAUUAAAAGCUAAUUUAUUGUUUUUAUUUAAUCAACCGGAAAAUAUUGGAGUUGAAGCGCCAUGUAUAAUUCUAAUUUUGGAAGAUUGUUAUAUGGAGCUGUGUGAUGAUAAUGCGACAAAGCGGUCGUAUUCCUUUGAAGUUAUUUUGAAAACGACUGGGAGGAAGUUUACAUUUGCUGCAGAUAAUUUUAAGGCCUUAGAACGAUGGAUUUCGUCGUUAACGGUUGCUUCAUUGGAGUAUAUUGCAAUCACAAAGCAAUCAUUUUUGGAACAAAUAAGAAAUUUCGAACUAGACCUUGAACAGUGGAUUCUGGGAAUUAAAACGGCGAGGAUGCCGGCAUAUCAUUCAAAGUUUACUGAUGUUACAAUGAUUGUUGGAAAUAUGGCAAUGCUUCCGAUACGAUCAAAUAUUAAAGGGCCAGCUCCACGAAUUGAUGAUGGUGAAGAUAUAAUUGAUGAAGCCCUCGCUUAUUUCAAACCCAAUAUUUUCUUCCGCGAAUUCGAAAUUAAAAGUCCUGCUGACCGAACACUCAUCUAUCUAACAUUGUACAUUUCGGAAUGUCUAAGGAAGCUACAAAAGAGCUCAAAUAGAUCGCAAGCAAUGAAAGAUUUAUCUGUUUUGGCACUGAGUCAUCAUCUUCCAAUACCGGGAGAAGCGGCUUUUCCAUUAAAUAGUAUGUAUAAAGCUCCAGCAAACCGAAAUGAAGAAGGUGAGACUAUCGUUAAUAGUUCAGAAAUUCAGUUACUCGUCUAUUUUUGCUUGACGCAAGCCUAUCAGUGUUUUACUGAGGCGUUGAUUCCUGAGGCAAUGGAUUUCAAUAAACUUGCAUACAUUAUGCGUUCAUAUCUCCUGCAGCUAAGACAGGAAUUAGGAGCACGUUUGUUAGAACAUGUUUUUGAGGCAAAUAGUGAAAGGCCAAGCAAAUGGUGGAUGUGUUUUGCUCGAAGACGUUUUAUGGAUAAGGGCUUGGUCAGUCCCGGUAUUGUUUUAUAA